AUGAAGAGGGGCAUUAGUGAGGUUAGUCACAACCUGUGGCCCGUGGCGUCGGACGCUCCGAGCGGCGCUCCGGGCAGGGCGGGGCCCCGGCGCGACGGGUGCGGUAGCGGGGGCGCCGGGAGCACGAGUCGGGAGCUGCCGUUUGCAGGGAGUGACUCGGAGAAGGCCUCGGGCCCCAGCCCAGAGAGGAUCGAGCACCUGGAGCGCCUGGCCCUGGUGGAUUUCCGAAACCGCGAGGGCGUGGCGCGGCUGCAGGCGGCCAUCGAGUUUGCGGGGCAGCUCCGCGCCGUGGACACGGACGGCGUGGCGCCCAUGGCGUCGGUGCUGGAAGACCGGUGCCUGUACCUGAGAGCAGAUGACGUGGUAGAAGGCAGCUGUGCGGAAGCCCUGCUACAGAACUCUCAGCAGACUGUCGAGGAGUAUUUUGUGCCCCCCCCAGGUAACAUCACUCUGCCAAAACAAAGUGAACAAGGUCCAGUCCCGAAGAGUUAA